ACCAUUUACCGCUCGUAGCCGCUCGCCGCUCGUACGCGCGCAUUUUAUUACAGCUUUUCGUCUAUGGUGCUGCUUUGUUCCGAGCCGCCCGGGUCGCCGUUUUCAGAGCAUUGUUUAUUUUCUUUAAUAGUUUAUUGUGAGCCCGAAAUACACAAGCUUCAAGAGCCUUCAUCCUGUUCUGCGCAACAUGAAGAAUUUCAGCGUGAGGUGCUGACACGGCUCUCUGUACUCAGGAUUGUUCAGCAGCAGCAAGGCGAGUUGCUAACAGCGUUGACAACCCGGUGCACUGUGAAACAGUCUGACAACGCUCCUCAAGUUGUAGUAGGCCAGUUUGACAGCUAUGACGAACUGAAGAAAUUCGACCAAACGCUAACUGGACCAGUCAAGGAGGCUGUGGUUCAACAGCUUGCAAACAUUGGGGGUCCAAGCCCAGAGUCUUGCACACGCAGGGUUUUGAGAAGUGUGUUGUCAGACAAACUUGCAUCAACAUUCUCAUGGCACGGACGAAAGGGGAAGAAUGCCUUUGACUGUCUGCUUCUCUCAAAGUGCAUUGUUGAUGCUGUAAAGGUCACCCAUAAAUGUGACAAUUUUGUAGUGGAAAGUGCAACCAAAGACUGGCUUCGUCAUGCCCCGGCAAGAUGUGCAUCAGAAAAGUCAGCCAGCCAUCCUUCCAGCCUGCCAGCUAGUGAUCCAACCAGUGACUAUACGUGAUUUAGCCAGUGACUAGACAUGUGAUUCAGCCAGUGACUAGACCCAUGUCCCAGCCAGCGACUAGACCCGUGUCCCAGCCAGCGACUAGACCCGUGUCCCAGCCAGCAACUAGUCCCGUGUCCCAGCCAGCGACUAGACCCGUGUCCCAGCCAGCGACUAGACCCGUGUCCCAGCCAGUGACUAGACCUGUGACCCAGCCAGUGACUAGACCUGUGACCCAGCUAGUGACAUGACCCGUGACCCAGCCAGCGACAUGACCCGUGACCCAGCCAGCGACCAGACCAGUGAUCCAGC